AUGGUGAAAAUAUCCGUGCUGCAACAUGCGCCCUCGACGCACCUUCCAACAAGACCGGGCGAUCCUACGCCAACGUCACGAAACCUCGACCCUUUACAACAUCCGUUUGCGCGUGCACGCGAACGCAUGCGUGCACUGAACGCCGCGAAGAUGGAACGACUUUUCGCAAAGCCAUUCGUAGCUGGGCUGGAGGGUCACGUAGACGCAGUGGAGACGAUGGCGCGGAAGCCAGACAGCCUGGACAUGGUCGCGAGCGGGAGCUGGGACGGAGGACUCAUUCUGCAUGACAUCUCGAGACGGACGAAGGUUAUGCACGUCGAGAGUGCGCACAAGGGAAAGGUGUCUGGCAUCUGCUUUGCGGACAGCGACAGGCUGUUGAGUUGCGGGGUAGACCGGAAUAUUAAGCUAUGGGGUAUCCGCCCUUCAGAAGAGGAUAUAGGCGAGGAUGGUGCUGGUCCGUCCACGAGCCGGAAACCUUUGAAAGUCUUCCCAGGCAAGACGGCCUUCAACUCAAUAGACCAUCACCGGUCAGACCCUCUCUUCGCAACCGCAUCAAACAUGGUACAAAUAUGGGAUGAGACAAAGAGCGCAGCCAUCUCAAACCUCACGUUCCCGACAUCAACGGAGACGAUCGACGCAGUGCGCUUCAAUCUCUCCGAGUCCUCAGUACUCGCAAGUAUAGGCUCCGACCGGACCUUCACCCUGUAUGACAUCAGGACAGGCAAGGCAGAGCGACGAAUAGUGAUGCAGAUGCGCAGCAACGCGCUCGCCUGGUCGCCGACCUUCCCCACCUCGAUCCUGCUCGCCUCCGAAGACCACAAUCUCUACACGUUCGACAUCCGCGCGCUCAAAUCGCCCUCGCAGAUAUACAAAGCGCACGUCGCGGCAGUCAUGAGCUGCGACUGGAGCCCGACGGGGACGGAGCUCGUGAGCGGGAGCUGGGACCGCACCCCGGAGGUCUACCACACGAAGCGCAUGCAGCGCGUGACGACGACGCUCUACACCGCCGACGCGCGCUUCGUGCUGUCGGGCUCGGACGACGGGAACGUGCGCGUGUGGAAGGCGCACGCGGCGGAGAAGCUCGGCGUGGUCACGGCGCACGAGCGCGCGGCGAUCGAGUAUCGCGAGAGCCUCAAGCAGAAGUGGAAGAUGGACAAGGAGGUGGGCAGGGUGCAGAGGAGCCGACACAUACCGAAGCCGGUGUACAAGGCGUCGCAGCUCAAGCGGACGAUGCUGGACGCGCGCCGCGUCAAGGAGGAGCGCAGGCGGAAGCACACGCGCGCGGGCGAGACGAAGCCAAAGGCAGAGAGGAAGAAGAUCGUCAUUGCCGAGCAAACGUAGUGCGGGCGUCCGUUGUGUCAUUUCUGUGUGGUGUCACGGUUGUCUGUUGUCCAGUGUUGCUUUCGUCCUUGUUGUACCUGCUAAUAGCAGUCUGCGUUUUGUGUGCUCGACUCAAUGGCUGUCGUAGACCGCUUCGCGUCUUCUGAGGUUAACGCCGCACAUGCUCUAUCCGCUGCAUUACACGGAUCAUGACAAUCAAAGCGUAUUGUUAAUGAGUUGUAUCACAGUCUAGACAAUUGCGCCCGGAUGGUGCUCUUGCUCUUGCUCACGCAUGCGCGCUGGUG